AACAACAACAACAACCCAAUGCCAAUGUUUUUUGUAAACAUUUCUGGGGGGCCCCAGAGAGCAAAAUCCCUGUAGUGUUAUAUGUACUAUGUAAAAUGACUGUGCGUGUGUGACCGGUAGCAUUUGAGCAUAUUUCUGAUGAGCUCGUUGUUUGUUUUUCGGCAGUCGUCGAGCGGCUACUGUAACGACAGCUUGCUGCUGGCAGCUCCUCCCAUCCAGCUAUAAGAGCCCAGCUGACCAGGUAGUCCGGGUCCAUCCCUAAAAUAGGCCAGUGAAAAGUGACUUAUGAAAACACGGUCAGCUUAUUUUAGAGCAAACAAACAAACAAGCAAAACAAAACGUCAGUGUUCGCCGGGGGGGGGUUUUACGGCAGCCUUUGCUCCACUCUGAGAUGUAGGAAAAGCCCCUGAGUUUGUUUUCGGACUAAUCUGACAAGAGGACUUGGAGCCGGGACUGGUAACUCCUCAUGAUGACUUUUGCCAUGCUGCGGCCUGUGGCGACGCACCUAAUCUAUUCCGACUUCGCCCUCCUGUCCGAGGACGACGAGAACCGCAGCGAGAGCGACGGCAGCUCGGAGCAGAGUUACUGCGACUCCACCGAGAAGCGCCGGAGGAUUUCGCACAAACUGGAGGCGGACUCCGCGGUGGUCAUGAAGCAGAGGAGCGCCGCCAACGCCAGGGAGAGAGGCAGGACCCAGAGCGUCAACACCGCAUUCACGGCGCUUCGGACUCUCAUACCCACCGAGCCGGUGGACCGAAAGCUCUCCAAGAUCGAAACUCUUCGCCUGGCAUCCAGCUACAUUUCCCAUCUGGCCAACGUGCUGCUUAUUGGAGACGGCGGCGCUGAUGGACAGCCGUGCCUCGGCGCGGUCCAUGUGCCGGGGGAGAGCGGGGCGAAGCAGCCGCGGACCAUCUGCACCUUCUGCUUGAGCAACCAGAGAAAAGGGGUAAAGGACGGCAAAGACUGUUUAAAAAUGCGAGGACUGGGCCCACUGCGAAUGAGACGCUGACUGAAGACCGGUGAAUGAUCAGCAACCUGAAAAUAAUCAGAGACUUUCUCAGGGAAGAGUCGAAGCUGGCGCUACAAGGCACACACACAUACACACACACACACGCGCGCGCAAAAACACACACACACAUCCGUAGAUGUACACAUGCUGGAUCAAACGAUGGAAGAAAAAGAGAGAAAAGACUAUUUAUACUUGACUGAGAAAUUUAAGCAUAAGCCUUUCAAAGAUGCAGUGCAUUUUUUUGAAACUUAUGAG